AGGGAUUGUCGUCGUUUUCAAACUUUGCAUAAUUGGAACGGCGGCUCUACAGUGUUACAACUGUAUUAACAUAUCCGAUGCGGACGAGUGUUUGUCGAUAACAGAAUGUGGGGCAAGUCAGUCGUGUUACAUGGACAAAAUGUCAUCUGGACAAACCGUUACCCUAGGAUGUACAGACAACCAGCAAUGUAGUGUGACACCAGGUGCGGCCGGAAGUUUAGUUGGAAGAGGUGUUAACAGACGACAACAAUCUCAAUGUCACGAGUGUUGCAGCAUGGAUAAAUGCAAUAAGAACCUUUGUUCUCAUCUGACACCUGGAACAUGCAUUGAUGACGUUAAAGUGGACUGCGCAUAUUUGAACACAUUUUUCAACAUAUGUCAAGAUAUUCAUCACGCAAAAUUAGUAUGUCCUAAGUUCUGCAAACUAUGCUCAUUGGUGGAUGGAAACUGGGCAAGAUGGUCUCCGUGGUCACCUUGUGAUGUCACAUGUGAAAACGGGACUCAAACACGGAAAAGGACAUGCACGGAUCCUGUCCCAGCACAUGGGGGUUUAGACUGUAUCGGCUCUAACAUAUCUACUAAAUCUUGCUCAAAGGAACUUUGCCCAGUGCAUGGUGGGUGGACAAAAUGGUCGAACUGGGACGCGUGUUCUGUAACAUGUGGUGUAGGUAUAGAAAGACGGCAUCGUAAUUGCUCGAACCCGAUACCAGACAGAAACGGACUUCAAUGUUUCGGCGACACAUUAGAUGAUAGAAUAUGCUUACCAGGUCCAUGUGCAAAUGGUGGUUGGACUGACUGGGGACAAUGGAGCACCUGUUCAGUGACGUGCGGGGACGGUUUAAAGUCUAGAUCACGUACCUGCACAAAUCCGUCACCCUCGCCUCACGGAAAAUAUUGUGAUGGAAAUCCUUUCGAAGAUGUUGUCUGCACAAAAAGCAGUUGUAGUCCAAAUAUAGUAUUUAAAGCAAAGAAUGUAACAAACAAAAAUCCUGGCAUUGGAGGCACUGUAAUAUUUGGCUCUACAUUUGUUAAUGAAGGAGAUGCUUAUAAUACAUCUACUGGAAUCUUCACUGCGCCUGUCAACGGAACGUACUCAUUUAGUGUACAAAUUUGUGCACAAAACCAAAAGGAGGUCAGAGUAGCUAUCAUUAUAGAUGGGACGACAUAUGCUACCUUAUAUAUAUAUGAUUAUUAUUCGUACCCAUGUAAUAGUGCAGAUACAUUUGCUGUUUUACAUGCACAGUCAAAAGUAUCUAUUGAAUGCUUGCGAGGUUGCUCGGGCGGUAAAAUAUAUGAUGCUUCUGACCGUAUGGACUCGUUCUCUGGAUAUCUGGUUCACCAAUAAAAUUUUGUCAGUUUU